GGGACCUGGAAUAUCCCGUGUCAUCAACAGCGGGCGCGUUUGUUGUUCUGUAUAGACGCAUCGAGAAACCCAAAUUACUCAAAAUCUUUUUAAACAACCUGGCGAAAUAGUUUAGAACAAAACGAACGCGUACAUGGCGUGGAACUAAAUGCGGCGCUGGAGAAAGUUGCUCGAGUGUGUCGGCAAUCCAGGUUGGAGCGGAAGGAAUUCCAAGCACGGGGAAGGAGAAGAAAAGGAAGAAUCUGUGCCAAGAUGCUGGGCUCAAACUGGGCCUUAACUCAGUUUAUCAGCUCCGUUGGGAACCGGGGUUGUGGCAUGACGUUAAAGUGUGUUUCUGCUUGACCGAACAAAAGUUGCGGUACCACUUCGACGGGGGAAUAGGAAAAUAGUGAAGUAAAGCGAGUUGGCUAAGUAGCUCUGCCGCUACUCCUGCGGGAAGACAUUUAAAAUGGCGGAAUGCUGCCCCCUUCCCUCUGCCUUCAUCUUCGUGCUUCUCAGUGUGAGUGCUUGGGCCUUCGAGUCGUGUCCGGCUCCUUGCUCCUGCCACACGGGCCCGGACGAGCUUGGAGUGCUGGACUGCAACAGGAAACGGCUUUCGACGGCUCCCUCGGAUGCACCGGAGGGGAUAAGCCAAGUAUCAAUGAACCACAAUGACCUGACACGGCUCCCCUUCCUUGGAGGAGCUUCUGCCAACAUCACAUCACUGUCAUUAAUACACAACCGCAUAGCAGAGCUCUUGUUGCAUCAACUGCUGCCCUACGAGUCUCUAGAGAUGCUGGACCUGACGUCCAACUCUCUUUCAGAGCUCAGGGUGGGAACUUUCCCUUCCAUGGAGUUGAAAUAUCUGAAUUUGAGUAAUAAUAAGAUCAGCAUCCUGGAGCCUGGUUGUUUCGACAACAUCUCCAGCUCCCUGCUAGUGUUGAAGCUCAACAGGAACAGAUUGACAGCGCUGCCAUCCAGAGUCUUUAAACUUCCUAGUCUGCAGUUUCUUGAAAUGAAGCGUAACAAAAUCAAGAUUGUGGACAGCCUGACGUUCAAGGGGAUGGACUCUCUGCGCUCACUGAAGUUGCAACGAAAUGGCAUCACCAAGCUCAUGGAUGGAGCCUUUUUUGGACUCAUCAGCAUGGAAGAAUUAGAGCUGGAGCACAACAACCUAACAGAGGUGAACAAAGGCUGGCUGUACGGCCUUCGCAUGUUGCGUGUCCUGCGAGUGAGCCAGAAUGCCUUGGGCAUCAUCCGACCAGACGCCUGGGAGUUUUGCCAGAAGAUGGAGGAACUAGACCUGUCCUUCAAUCAUCUUACAAGACUAGAGGAGACCGCUUUUGUGGGAUUAGGUCUCUUAGAGACCCUGAAUCUUGGCGAAAACUCCAUCAGCCACGUGGGAGAGCGUGUGUUCAGUAGCCUGGCCAAUCUGCGCACAUUAGACAUCCACAGUAAUGAAAUUUCCUGGGCCAUUGAAGACUCCAUUUGCGUGUUUGAUGGAAUGAAAAAGCUGAACACACUCAACUUACAGCAGAAUAAAAUCAAGUCAAUCACCAAGAAAGCUUUUGAGGGUCUGGAUGAGUUGGAGCACCUGGAUCUUGGUAAGAAUGACAUCAUGUCAAUACACCCAGAAGCUUUGCUGCAUACGAAGCUCAAAGUGUUCAUCCUCAAAACAAGCAGCUUGCUGUGCGACUGCCACAUGCAGUGGCUGGGACCUUGGCUCACUAAAAGCCAUUUCCUACAUUCCGUGUCUGCCGUCUGCGCCCACCCGGCUGUUCUGCUGGGUCAUGAUGUCCUUUCUGUUAGCCUAGAAGACUUUGUUUGUGAUGAAUUCCCCAAGCCUCGGAUCAGCACUCACCCUGAAACAUCGGUGGCACUGCGCGGCAACAAUGUGACUCUGAGUUGUGUGGCGUCCAGCAGCAGCGACUCGCCCAUGAGCACGGCGUGGAGGAAAGACGGCGAAGUGCUGUACGAUGCCGAGGUCCAAAACUAUGCCAGGUACCAGGAAGGCGAGCUCAUCUACACCACCGUACUGCACCUCCUCAACGUCAACUUCACCGACGAGGGCCGCUACCAGUGUGUGGUGUCCAACCACUUUGGCGCCAAUUACUCCAAUAGAGCUAAGCUCACUGUUAAUGAGCUGCCAUUGUUUCUCAAGACCCCCAUGGAUCUGACCAUUCGUACCGGUAAUAUGGCCCGGCUGGAAUGUGCUGCCGAGGGCCACCCCUCGCCACAGAUCGCUUGGCAAAAAGACGGGGGCACUGACUUCCCGGCCGCCCGGGAGCGCAGGAUGCACGUGAUGCCGGACGACGACAUCUUCUUCAUCGCCAAAGUCAAGAUGGAGGACAUGGGCGUGUACAGCUGCACGGCGCAGAACGCGGCUGGCAGCUUGUCGGCCAACGCCACGCUUACCGUCCUGGAAACUCCUUUGUUCAUGCGGCCCCUGGAAGACCGAACAGUGGCGGAAGGCGAAACCGCUGUGCUUCAGUGCAUUGCCGGAGGCAGCCCUGCGCCGCGCUUGAACUGGACUAAGGAUGACGGGCCGCUAGUGCUCACCGAGCGACACUUCUUCGCUGCCGCCAACCAGCUCCUCAUCAUCGUCGAUGCUGGCCCCAGCGACGCUGGGAAGUACACGUGCAUCAUGUCAAACACUCUGGGAACCGAGCGCGGCCACAUCAACUUGGCCGUGUCGCCGUCGCCCAACUGCGACACCAGCACGGGUUACGACCAGGAUCGCUGGACCACUGUCGGCAUCGUGGUGAUUGUGGUUGUGUGCUGUGUGGUCGGAACCUCGCUGGUUUGGGUCAUUGUUAUCUAUCACAUGCGCAGGAAAAGUGAAGACUACAGCAUUACCAACACAGAUGAAAUGAAUUUACCGCCAGACAUCCCAAGCUACCUCUCCUCUCAGGGGACUUUGUCAGAACCUCCUGAAGGCUAUAGCAAUUCUGAGGCUGGUAGCCACCAGCAACUCAUGCCUCCUCUCUCCAAUGGAUACGUGCACAAGAGCUCUGACAGUGGUUGCUACGGAGACGCAGGCAAUGAAGCAGAAAUGGACGGUAGCGGCCGGCUCCACUUCCGAGUGGGAUCUCUGUUCACAGGACGUAGCAGCUUCCAGCCUGGGGAGGCUCGUGAUAGACUAGCUGGAGCCCCUUCAGGCGGUGCCGGUCCACUGGUCAUCUGUUCCGACUGCUACGACAACGCCAACAUCUACUCUCGUACGCGGGAUUUCUGCCCGUACGCUUACCUGGGCGAGGAUGACAUUCCUGACAAAGACCCGCCAAGCUUCAAGGAGAGUUACAGUGAGCGCGCUCGGCGAGAGGACGCUGCGAUGGAGCGCCUCUUCGGCAGACGGGACUCCGAAAGGCCGAGCAGCCGCACGUCAUUGGAAGACUGUGAUGUCCACAGCAGCUCCUUGUGGGGUGAAAGGAAAAACUCAAAAUCCGCAGUGGGGGCCGCUGCUCACAGGACACUUCCUCUGGCGGGGGACGCGCCGACAAGCACGCAGAUCCAUAGACUACCCCCCAAAAGGACUAACACUCAGGAACAUCCGGCACCCACAUAGACCACCCCUCUACUUAGUCUCCCUCUGCACCCACUACCUCCUUCAACACUCUGCCAAAGAUUCUCUCUCCUGGAGUGUUGAUGCAGCACCCCCCUCCCAUCACUCCCGCGGACCCAGUGAAUGUAAACUUGGGAGGGACAUUUUUGUGUGGGAGCACCUUUGAGAAAUCAGCGACCAACAAGCAAUGAUGGGUUGCCAACCCGAGACUGCGCUGAGACAGCGAUGCAACCAUUACAUAUGAAUAUAUCCUCGGCCUUCCUUUUCAAGCAGUUUACGGAGCGGGAGGACCUUUUUUUUUUUGACAAUCAUGUUCUUUUAUUUUUUUAUUACAGUGUCAUCUCCAUUAAGGCGACACCCGCACUGAUCCGUUUCCCCUUCACCACUUGCAGGCACUUAAUUUAAUGGUGAUCUUUUAUUAUUACUGAACCCACAGUCCUCCUGCACAGAAAUGGCAUUGGCACUGUGAAGAUAAAGUGUAGAAUGUAUUGUUUUAUACACAUAUGUAUGUACAGGCGAGUAAUUGAUUAGCUUACAUUUUAUGCUUUUUCUUCCUUUCACAUGCGUUAGGUACUCAUCAUUUUACGUGGGAGGUUUCUGGUGGGAAAUACAAUUGGACCCUUAUAGUAAAUAAACAUGGGAAGAUGUGGGAAUGAUAACCACUAUAAUGUAUGGCAAUCCAUCCACGGUACUUUGGACUGGUCGCCAGUCAAUUGUAACGUUUAACCGUUUUAAUGAACUCUAAUGAACCAGCUUGCUUGAUAUCAUAAAGUGUAGAAGAACAGCAAAAAAAUAUAUAUUUUUUUCUCAUCGGGGGUUCAUUUUGACGUUGAGGUUGAAUGACAUUUGACGCCCAAUGCAGCACAACUGGAAUGAUGAUAUCAUUGUUUUACAUCACGUUUUUGCACUCGGAUUUCGUUCGUCCGUUCCUGAAAUUGUUGACGGUCCUUCUUCUUGUUUUGUCGCAAAUCGGUACUGUCGUAAUAUGGACCCUCACAGAUUUUGCAAUGGUACGCCGAGGGUCUCACCCCUACCCCAUUACAGUUCUUAUCUAAGUAAGCAGUAAAACCACUGUAGCCUUGUGUGCAUUUCCAUUUUUUUUUUUAAUGUUAUGUUUACUUUUUAAAAAUAACAUUUAAAAUUACACAUUCCAGAUUUGUUUUACUUGGACCUAUUUCUGUGUUUCCUUUUGGAUGACUUCAGAAGUUGAAAAAUGACGUCACUGUACAAUGUACUGUUUAUCUCCAUGUGACAUACAUUACGUUAUUGUUUGUCAUCUCAAUGCCACUUUGUUUUCUUUGAUACCAAAGUUUACCAGUACUUAUAGUAAAAAGGCUCUGACUGUUUUGUGCUGCUUUUUUUGUAUUUUUUAAAUUUAUUUCCAAUUCAAUUUUUGAAUCUUGUACAUUGCGUAAAGCUUGUUUAAUUAAAAAAAAUAAUUCUAUUACAUUUAGCUAUUACUGUACUACGUACACAGCACAAAAACGCACAUUUUGGCGUAUUGUCUGUAGUCUUAAACCGCUCCUUUUUCGGAUCAGUCAGGAUUACAGAAAUUCUUUGCAUUUGGUAAAAUACUACAAUAAUAAGGGUAUUAAAAAAUAUAUGUGUUUAUUUUUUCCUGCAUUCAGGAAGUGACCCCGGGUCAUAUUGUCACCUUUAAUGAACUGCUUAUGACAUCACUGACAUAUGACUGUGUCAUGAGUCAAGAGUGUUGACACCAGGCUGCUCCACUCGAGCGUGUGCAUCCCCCAUUUAUCAUAGAAGCAUAAAAAUGAAUGACAUUUACUGUGUUCUCUAUUCUUACACUACAACACUUCUUUUGCACCUUCCAACAGAACCGUAAUCUACU